UUGUCAUAUAUCUUUGUGCCUACACAAACCUGAAAACCCAUUCGCUCUCUAAAAAGCUCUCUAUUCGUCUCUCUCUCUCUCUCUCUCUCUCUCUCAUUCUCAUGGAAGACGACGAUGACGAGUUCGGAGAUCUAUACACUGACGUCCUCCGACCCCUCCAAUCGUCUGCUCUCUCUCAGAACCGCGCGAUCGAUCUCAACAUUCAGAGCGAUGAUGAAGAUAUUCUCUUAAUAGCUCCUAAUUCUAACCCUAAUUUCAAUUUCACCAGCUCUCACCAGAACCAAACCCUAGUUUUCAACUCCGAUAACGCUGCCCCCGAACUGGGUCUCGCCUCAAGUUCCGAUUCUCAUCGGAAUUUGAAUUUGAAUUUGGAUUUGGAUGGUAAGCCGCAAAGUCAAGAAGUGGAGAAAGAAGAUGGUUUAGCUGAGGGGGUGAGUAAUUGGGGGUUGGGUUUGCCGGAGCCAAGUGUGCCUAGGGUUUUGGAGAGUGGCGGCGAUUUGAAAUUUCCAAAUUUGAUAGAUGAGUCCGGGAUUGAUGUUGUUGUCGAGGAGAGAGCUGAUAAAGAUGAUCUAUUGGUUGCAAAAGAUGAAUGUUCUUUGGAUAAAAACGAUAAUUUUGAGAAAUUUGAUAUAGAAGAGGUCAAUACUGGGAUUGAAGAUUUGGGUUCGGAGCCAGUGAUACCUGGUCUAUCGAUUCCUGGUGUUUCGGAUGCUGUGGAUAAUCGAGGUGACUCGAAUUUUGUGAUGCGGGAUGUAGCGAGCGGUGAGGGUGAUGAUUGGGACAGUGAUAGUGAGGAUGAUUUGCAGAUUGUAUUGAAUGAUAACCACGGACCGAUGGCGAUGGGAAAGACUGGAGUGAUUGGAAGUGACGAUGAGGACGAAGAUGGCGAUCCUUUGGUUAUUGUUGGUGAUACCGAACUGGGUCAUCAGCCAAUGGAAGAGCGAGAGUGGGGUGAAGAUGCAGCACAGGGGGCAGACGGUGAGAGAAAAGAAUUGGGCGAUGCAGCCAAAGUGAAUGGAGGAGUGGUUGUUCCGCCAAAGAUUGGGUACAGCAAUCAUCCAUAUCAUCCGUAUCAUUCUCAGUUUAAGUAUGUGAGACCUGGUGCAGCUCUGAUGCCUGGAGCAGCUCCUUUUGGCCCUGGAGGAGUCCCAGGUCAAGUUGGUCCGCCAGUCAACAUGGGGCCUGUUGUCGGCCGUGGUAGAGGUGAUUGGCGGCCAACAGGAAUAAAAAAUGCUUCUCCAAUGCAGAAAGGUUUUGUUCCAGGGUUUGGAACACCUGGAACAACAGGACGUGGUUUUGGAACAACAGGACGUGGUUUUGGCAGUGGGUUGGAUUUCACACUUCCAUCGCACAAGACUAUAUUUGAAGUUGACGUUGAUAGUUUUGAGGAAAAACCGUGGAGGCUCCCUGGUAUUGAUAUAUCAGAUUUUUUUAACUUUGGUUUGAAUGAGGAGAAUUGGAAACAUUAUUGCAAACAGUUGGAACAACUUCGCCUGGAGGCAACCAUGCAAAGCAAAAUUCGCGUCUAUGAAAGUGGGAGAACAGAACAGGAGUAUGAUCCAGAUCUGCCGCCAGAAUUAGCUGCAGCAGCAGGUAUUAAUGAUAUUUCAUCUGAAAAUGGAAAUCUUGGGAAGAUGGAUGCUGGACAAAGUGAUAUAGCAAAAGGAUCUGCACAUGUGCGGCCACCAUUGCCAACUGGAAGAGCAAUACAGGUGGAAACUGGUUAUGGUGAGCGUCUCCCGUCCAUUGAUACUCGGCCACCUCGUAUACGUGAUUCUGAUGCAAUAAUUGAGAUUGUUUUGCAGGAUUCAGCAGAUGAUGAUUCCAUUAGGGGAAAUGAUGUCACAGAGCAGCCAGAAAAGGAUUACUCGAGGGAGGAUUUCAGGGGAAGCCAUGAAAUUGAAUGUGAUGUUGCAGAGGAAGAAACUGUACAUUUUGAUGGUUCCUCGCGUGCCUAUAAUGGUAGGAAGAGGGAACUGAUUGAAAGAAAAUCACCCUCCAUGAAUUCUGUUCCGGAUAACCUUACUGAGGGAGAUGGAAGUUUGCCUUUGCCCCCAUUAACAGGAAGAGAUGUUGGCACCCUCUAUGAGGAUAGGCAGACAAAGGGAAGAACACACGACAGAUCCCCCAAUAUGACCCAUAGUGAAAGUACACUGGAUAAAAGAUUUCGUGACAAUCAGAAAGAAGGUUCAGUUGAAAGCAUUGGUGAAGAACAUAUCCCUCGAUUAUCAUCUCCCGUCACUGUUGGGAGUGCUGAGGAUCUUGAUGUUGAACAUGGUGAUGGUUUGCAUGAUGAGCUGGUGCUGGCCGGUAGAAGCUCUGGAAUGGAUAGAGAGGAAGUGACCUUGGAUGCAAGAACUACAACUGAUACCCGCAUAGAUGAAAAUCCUUUGCCUUCUGUGAAAAAGCAAAAGUUAAGUUCGCGAGUUGAACAAUCUUCUCUUCAAGAAUUUGAUGAUGGAGGGGACUUAAAGGCAUCGAGAAGUAGUGAUAACAGCAAAGGAAGGUCAGGGAGCAGCAGAGAUUAUCAGAAAUUGCAUGAUAGUGUUGACGAGGAAGUUGUUGAGCGUGGACAUUCUACACGCAUGGUGAAUUUGAAGCGACCCCAUGGUGAAGAUGAGCCUAGUGUUAGAAGCAAAGGUCGUGAUGAGAGACAUGAGAUGGACAAAAAUCGUUUGGUGGAAAAAGGUCGGGAGGAUGCCUAUUCUCGUAGAGAUUGGGAUCCUCACUUGGCCCAUCACUUGCACAGGAAAACUGAGGUUAUAGAUAGGCGAAAAGAGAGAGAUGAUUCUGAGGGAGCUUGGCAAUGGCAAGAUGAGGAUCCACAUGGUAUGCGGACUAGAGCUGAAGACACAAGGAAGCGAGAGCGUGAUGCUGAAAUAGGGUCAAGGCACCGGAACAAGGUUCAAGAAAGUGAGAGGAUGGACAAAGAUGAACAUCUUCAGUUGAGGAAACAGUUUGAUAAUGGUAAUUUAAGGGCCCAUCACGAUAAAGAUGUGCGAUCACGACACAGGGAAAAGGAGGAUAAUAUGAGAAGUCGAUAUGAAAACGUGGAUGAUCUCCAUAGAAAAAGAAGAAAAGAAGAGGAACAUUUGAGGAGGGAUGCUGAAAAGGAAGAAAUCUUGCGGGGCUAUAGAGAAAACUCUAGUCAUCGAAAGCGAGAAAGGGAUGAUGCUUUGGAUCUGCGUAAGAGAGAUGAGCAAGUGAGAACUAGAGAUGAUGAUCAACAUUCUGCCAGACACAAAGAAGAGAGCUGGAUUCACAGAGAGAGGGGUGAGAGGCAGAGGGAGCGGGAUGAGAGGCACAUGAUCAAACAAUCAUAUGAAGAAAGUUUAUUGAAGCGGGAAAGAGAAGAAGAACGGGGAGGAGUAAGGAGUGCUCGAGCUGCAGAAGACAAAGCACGGGUUAGCCAUGCUAGAUUGAAGGAUGAGUAUAAAGGUGCUGAUAGAGGUUACCAAUUUAAAGACAUAGGGCGGCAUGGUGAGCAACCUAAGAGGCGGGAUCGGGUUGAGGAUGGAAGCCUUUUGCAGCAUAGGGGAUGGGAAGAUGUCCAUUCACAUGGAAACCAACUCAGCAUUAAUGAGAAAAGGCAGGAAAGGGCAAGUACUCGUGAUCGUGCUAUUAGUGGUUCUGAUAACAAUAGGUUGCAUGAAAAAAAACAUAAAGAGAACAUGAGGAAGAGUAAAGAAUCAGAGGGUGGUGAACAAAACUCCAUGGGCCAUUCCAAGAGAAAUCAAGAUGACCAAAGUGACCACACCCAUGAAGUGAAAUUGAAAGGCACAACUGAGUGGGGAAAUGGUGAGCAUGAGAUCCUGCUGAUUCAUCACUCUUCCAGAAAACAUAGGGAAGACGCUUCUUCAGAUGAUGAGCGGCAAGAUUCGAGAAGAGGACGGUCCAAAUUGGAACGUUGGACAAGCCAUAAGGAGAGGGAUUUCAAUGUCAACUCCAAGUCAUCAUCUUCCUUGAAGGUUAAGGUGAUUGACAAGUUUAACAAUGGUGGCCCUUCUUCCUUAGCCAGCAAGCUCCCAAAUGAAUCUUCCAAGACAGUUGAAACCGUUGAAAAUCAACAUCCCUUGGGUGAUCAAAAAGAUGUUGGUGAUCCAGAGAUUAAGAACGACGAUGCAAAAUCCUUGGACGAUAGACACUUGGACACAGUUGAAAGGUUGAAGAAGCGAAGUGAGCGUUUCAAGUUGCCAAUGCCAAGCGAGAAGGAGGCCAUGGUGAUUAAAAAGAUGGAGAAUGAACCAUUGCCUUCCACCCAAAGUGAAGCCCGUGCAGACUCGGAGAUCAAACCGGAGCGUCCGGCUCGGAAACGGAGGUGGAUAAGUAACUAAUUGUGGAAUCAAGGAACCAAUUUUCAUUUUUGUUUGGGAGUACGCAAGUAAGAGGAACCAAAUUUCAAUAUUAAAAUAUGCAAUGUUUUGGGUUUUUGGGGCUGGCGGCAUAACUGUGCUGCACCCAUAUACACUCACUUUAUUAUAUGUACAUAGCAGUGAAUGUAACAUUGUCCUGGCCAUUGAUGGCGGCUCAGAAUUUUCUUUUUUUGUUCCAAGUAACACUUAACAGUGUAUUCAUUUAUAGAGAUUGUAUACCAUGUUCCUUGGUGGUCCCUUAAAAGGACCUGGUUGUUCCAAUAACAGUAUCUGACCUGAAUGAAGGCUGGUGCGCCAUGAGGUGAGGCACUUGAUUAAUUCUGGCUGCGUCAAGUAUUGGUGGCAGAGAUUCGGAGAAAUUUAAUGCGGUGAACAUUUGCUUACUCUGGCAUAGGAAAGUCAUUGAGGUAGAUGUCAAUGGAUGAUCUGCACUUACUGUAGUUUGAUUAUAUAUGUACCUGUAUGAUUUGGUUUGUCACUUCUUAUUUUUUAUUUUUAUAAUAAAUCAUGCACAGAGGUAGAGCUUUUUAUGUUGA